AUGAGAGAGCUUUAUGAAGACCAGGUUUUGGGUAAUAGCUGUAGUGAUCUGGAAGGGAGGAAGGAGGAAGGCCUUCCCAAUGAGAUGGCCUGGGGCCUGAGGAAGAAGCUGUAUUACGACACCGACUACGUAACUACCAAGGGGAAGCCUCAAGAGGAGCUCGAGGCAGAGGAGGAAGAGGAAGAGGAGGAAGCCAAGAACAUCCAGAAGCGGCUUAUGGAAAACUUGCGAGAGGAAGACUAUGACCUGCACCUCCUUCAGGAGUUCGCCACAGAGCAGGAGGAGGCGAAGGCCCCGGAGAAAGAGGGCAAGAUCGUCAAGGACCUGGCGAAGAUGUCCCAGAAGGAGAAGCUGAAGCUGCUGAAGAAAGAGUCCCCCGAACUCCUGGAGCUCAUCCAGGACUUCAAGGCCAAGCUGGCGGAGCUGAAGGACGAGGUGCAGCCCCUGGUGCAGAUGGUGAAGGAUGGGAAGAUUCCUGAAGGGAAGGGUGCCGAGUACCUCAGGACCAAACAGCAGCUCUAUCUGAAUUAUUGCACCAACAUCAGCUUCUACCUGGUCCUGAAGGCGAAGAGAAUUCCUGCACACAACCACCCUGUGAUCGAGAGACUGGUCACCUUCAGGAACCUGAUCAACGACCUGGGUCCUGUGGAUGCCAGGGUGUCCUCAGAGCUGCGCCUGCUCCUGUCCGAGACUGAGAAGGGCAGAACUGUCAGCAAGCCUUCAGAGAACAAGCAGCCCACUGGCAUCAGCAAGAAGGGGCCCCGGCGCGCCCAACUGCAGCCGGCUGGAGACUCUGGCUCUGACAUGGACGAACAGGAGGCCCUGCGGUUCUAUAGGCAGAUGGAGGAGAGGCUGAAACUGAAGAGGAAGAAGCAGACAGAGGACUCCGAGGAGGGACCUGUGCCAGAGGAGGAAGAGGAGCUGGACGCAGAGGCGAAGAGAGCCAUCACUUAUCAGAUGGCUAAGAAUAAAGGCCUCACACCGAAGAGGAAGAAGAUUGAUCGGAAUCCGAGAGUCAAGCACCGAGAGAAGUUCAGACGGGCCAAGAUCCGCAGGAGAGGCCAGGUUCGGGAAGUUCGCAGAGAGGAGCAGAGAUACGGGGGAGAGCUGUCUGGCAUCCGUGCUGGAGUCAAGAAGAGUGUCAAGCUCAAGUAGAGGACGAAGUGGCUGUGUUCUUGUGCAGAGCGGAGACAGAGAGGACGCAGGGCAGUCACCGUGUUCAGAAUGGAGGGACGAACCCACAGCCUUCCAGCAAAGGACAGAAAUCUCAUUCACCAUAAGAUUCCUUGUUAUCUUGCACUCAUAGUGUGACUACGGCUGUUAAGGUUUUUCGUAAGGUAAUUUGAAGAAGUAUGAACUGUUUUUAAGUGUACAGCUUAGUUUGAGAUAUUUUUAUAUGCAGUUUUUGCUUUUGUUUAAUAAAAUGGAAGUAUGAGAAUACACUCUGUAAACUCAGUGGAGCAGAAGGCCUUUCCGGGUUAGAACCCUACUGCUGUCAAAUAAAAACAUUUCAAGUUUUGAAA